AGCACAACCCCAGCCCAAUGGACUAAGUUAACCCUGAAUAAAGAGGAGUGAAGAUGGCCACUGUUGGUGUAGCUUCAUAGCUGUCCUGCAGUGUUCUCUGAAUCAAGGAAAGAAUCAUUCAGGCACAUAACACCACCAGUGUCACAAGAUGGCAGCCAUUGAUUUGUCCCAUGGUCUUUUGUAGAGGGACCCAGUUUGCCUUCAUGAAGAAAAGACAGAAGCAGAAAGGAAGAUGACUGUCUGCCUGCCAAACUGUAUGCAGAGCAUGUAUCCUUGUACAAAAUCCUUGUACAAAAUCUUGAACAUGCGGCUAACAAGGUGACAUGUUUUCUUCUACUCAUAAUCAUCUUCAGAACUUCUUAUUUUUUGAGGACUUGGUGACCUUUGAUGAUGUGGCUGUGCACUUCACCCAGGAGGAGUGGAUUUUACUGGACCCAACUCAGAGAAACCUGUACAAAGACGUGAUGCUGGAGAACUAUGAGAACCUGACCAUAGUAGGUACAGAAUGUCAGCUCCUCAAACCCAGCCUGAUCUCUUGGUUGGAGCAGGAAGAGUCAAAGAUAGUGAAAGGAGGGGUUCUCCAAGAAUGGAAAAUGGGACUUAAAAUCAAAGGGGCUUCACUUCAGCAGAAUUUUUUGAGGGAACAGAUCUCCAGUGAGAUACUUAGGGCAAGAAGGCACAAUGGAGGGGAGCUCUGUGACUGUAAGCCAUGUGGAGAAUUUAUCAGUGGACGUACUUGCCUUACAUCACACAUGAGAAUGCAAAAUACAGGGACCACUUCUGAUUGUGAUCAACAUAGAAUAGACUUCUUUCCUUUGCACAAGAGAACCUCUCCUGAAAAGAAACUUUUUUUGAAUCAUUGUAGGCAAACUUUCAGCUUGCCUCCAAAAGCUGUUUACCAGAAAAUAUGCACUCAAGAUAAACCCUUUGAGUGCAAUGAUGGUGGGAAAGCUUUUGUUGAUCCACUACACCUUCAGGCCCAUAGAAGAACUCAUAAUGAAUACAAACUCCUUGAACUGAAGGAAUACAGGAUGGAUUUCAUUCACUCCACUAGCCUUGCUGUGUGUAUACAGACACACAGUGCUGAAAAACCCUACAAGUGUAAGGAAUGUGGAAAAGACUUUAGAUAUUCUGCAUACCUAAAUAUUCACAUGGGAACCCAAAGUGGAGAUAACCCCUAUGAAUAUAAGGAAUGUGGGAAAGCCUUUACUAGGUCUUGUCAGCUUACUCAGCAUAGAAAAACUCACACUGGAGAAAAACCUUAUACAUGAACAGAAUGUGGGAAAGCUUUCACUGUUUCUUCUUGCUUAAGUCAACAUGUUAAAAUUCACAUUGAAAACAAACCCUGUGAACGAAAGAAACAUGGGAUUGUUUUAAAAAUGUCUUCAUACCUCACUGAACAUGUAAAAAACCACACUGCAGAGAAACCUUUUGAAUGUAUGGUAUGUGGAAAAUCCUUCAGAAAUUCCUCAUGCCUUCAUAAUCACCUUCAAAUUCACACUGGAACAAAACCCUUCAAAUGUAAAGACUGUGGUAAAGCCUUCACGGGGCAUUCUGGCCUUAGGAAACAUUUACCAGCUCACACUGGAGAGAAGCCAUAUGAGUGCAAAGAUUGUGGGAAAGCCUUUGCUAGAUCCUCCCGCCUCAGCGACAUAAGAACCCACACUGGAGAGAAGCCCUUUGUAUGUUUCAAAUGUGGGAAAGCAUUUGCUGUUUCCUCAAAUCUUAGUGGACAUCUGAGGAUUCAUACAGGAGAGAAGCCCUUUGAAUGCAAGGAAUGUGGGAAAGUAUUUACACAUUCCUCCAGUCUUAAUAAUCACAUGCGGACUCACAGUAGUCAAAAACCAUACAUAUGUCUACAAUGUGGGAAAGCCUUUAAGUUUCCCACAUGUGUUACCCUUCACAUGAGAAUCCACACUGGAGAAAAACCUUAUGAAUGUGAGCAGUGUGGGAAAACCUUCAGAUAUUCAAAUUCAUUUCAGUUACAUAAAAGAAUUCACAGUGGAGAGAAAUCCUAUGAAUGUAAGGAGUGUGGGAAAGCCUUCAGUUCUCCCAGUUCCUUUCACAAUCAUGAAUGAAGGCAUGUGGAAUAGAAACUGUCAAUAUAAGAA